AUGCUGGUGACCUAUUUGGAAGCCAGCCGGGACCUUUGCGAGACGGACUCAAUUCUUUUUGGCGCCGCGCUGGCAGUCUGCCGUAUCAUAGGCGCCAAGGUUUCCACGGCUGGACGCGCUACUGGCCAUAGUAGCGCUAUCCCAGCAUGGAGAAGAAGAAUUGAGGAACGUAUCGCAAAGGCUAGAGCUCUCAUCGGCAGACUGAUAUGCUUCAGAUCAGGCAACAACAGGCCAAGAAUUGUGCGCACCGUCAGGAUGGCGUUUGCUGGGACAAAUGUCAGUUUGUCCCAGCCGGAUAUAACGCAAAAACUGACGGAGCGCAUAGAUGAUCUGAAGCAGAGAAUCGCUGCUUGGGGAAAACGGAUUCGGCGAUAUACCGACAGGUCGACACGGUUCAACCAGAAUCGUCUCUUCCAGAGUGAUCAGAAGAGGCUCUAUGAAUCAUUGGAGCGACCAAUGGUAAGUGGAACGGGUCCAGCACCGAAUCAGGCCGACACUGUAGCAUUCUGGCGCGGCCUGUGGUCAGAGCCCGUAAACCACAGCGAGGGCCCUUGGACGGAAGUUGUGGCGAGUCAGUGUGCGGGUAUUACGCCCAUGGACCCCGUCAUCAUAACGCCGGAUGACGUAGCUGAGGCGGUCCGUAGGGCCCCGAACUGGAAAAGUCCGGGGCUUGACGGGCUGCAUCACUACUGGCUGAAGGGGUUCAUGUAUGACUUCAAAAUUGAAUCGAGUAACAGAUCGCAGCAAAACCAGCUGGUGUUAGAGUUAUUUACUAAGAUAUUGUUAUUAGGUAAUGUUGUUUAUAAUCAUCUACCUACCGCAUAUUGUGUAAAAUGUCGUGAUGAACCUUACAGCUCUCGAAAUAUAACAAUAUAA